AUGUCCAGCAAACAGACCAAACUCAGAAUCGCCUUGGCUCAAAACUCCCCUAUCAAUGGUCCAGAAGGAACUUACAACCCUGAGACUUCUAAAGAUCAUCCGUUCGCAUCCGUUCAAAAGAAUCUCGACAAGGCCACUGAAUUCGUAGCCUCUGCCGCAAAGCAAGGUGCAGAUGUAGUCGUCUUCCCAGAAUACUUCCUCCAGGGGAUCGUCAACGAGGGACGUCAGUACCUCUGCCUGUCCUCUGAUCAUCUGACCGCUCACCUUCAAGACUUGGCUAAAAAGCACAAUAUUUCCAUCGUCGGUACAAUCGUACACGGAAAACUCCCUUCGUCGCACAGCGCAGCGUUGCCAUCCGUCUCCCCAUUCACCUCAUCCGAUGCAGCACGCAAAGAAUGGGUCGAGUAUCUCAAAGCCAACCCACCGAGCGAUGAACAAGUCGCCGAACCGACCCUCCACAACACCGCGUUCUUCAUCGAUGAGAACGGCAGAGUCCUCGGAGAAUACAUCAAGAAGAACCUUUGGCACCCGGAACGAGACUAUCUCACGGCUGGAGAAGAGUCUCACGAAGUGUUCGACACAAAGUGGGGCAAGGCCGGAUUCUUGAUCUGUUGGGAUAUCUCACACCCCGCCGCCGCGCAAUCCUUAACGGACAAGAGUGUGGACAUAGUCUUCUGCCCAAUCUACUGGCUCGGAACAGAUAGCGAGCCAGCAAUCAAUGACCACGAGCAUGACGAGGACUAUGAGCGCCAGUUGACUUCCGCCCUAUGCUUUGCCAGAGCUUUCGAAACGGAAACUGUAUGGAUCAUGUGCAACGCCGGUGGAAACAAUGAAAAGGACCUCAUUGGAGGAAGCGGCGUCUGGGCACCGCUCAGAGGUCGACUUGGUGGCUUUGACGGAUCAGAUGAGGCUGUCAAGCCUCUAUUCCACUAA